AUACCAAUUUGAGACAGUGGACUCCAUCCAGAUCUCACUAUCUAUCUCAGGCUCUCAACAGCGGCUAGCUGCGCUCAUCGAACGCGGCAUGGCGUCCGAGCUGACUAGCCUCACCUUGGUCUCGGCCGCCGUGGCCGCGGCCAUGGCCUACGCGCGCCUCGCCGCCUCGCGCGUGGUCCCCGGACUCGCCCGUCUGGCCGCGCUCCUCCCGGCGCUCCUCGUCCUCCCAGUCCUCCCCUUCACCUUCUCUCCCAUCCUCCUCCGCACAAUCUCCGCCUUCUUCCUCGUCUGGCUCUGCGGCUUCAAGCUCCUCCUCCUCGCCGCCGGCCACGGCCCCCUCCACCCGGCCCUCCCACUCGUCCGCUUCGUCACCUGCGCCGCGCUCCCCAUCAAGCUCCGGGACAGAGGCGCGGAGAACUCGCGGUCCCUCCCUCCGGAGUUCCUCCUGUCCUACGCGGCCAAGGCGGCCUUGUUCGCGGCGCUCAUCUCGCUCCGGCGCGUCCGGGCGCGAAUGCCGCAGUACGGCGUGGUGGCGUUCGACGGCGCGCACGUGUACCUGAUGCUGGAGCUCUUCAUGGCGUCCGCCGCGGCGUUCGCGCGCGCGCUGCUGGGCGCGGAGCUGGAGCCGCAGUUCGACCGGCCGUACCUGGCGUCGUCCCUCCGCGACUUCUGGGGCCACCGGUGGAACCUCAUGGUGCCCGGGGCGCUCCGGCCGAGCGUGUACCGGCCCGUGCGCGCCCGCCUCGGCGCCCCCGCGGGGGUGCUCGCCACGUUCCUCGUGUCGGGCCUCAUGCACGAGCUCAUGUUCUACUACAUCACGCUCCAGGCCGGCACGGGGGAGGUCACCGCGUUCUUCGUCCUGCAUGGCGCGUGCGUGGUGGCCGAGCGGUGGUGCGCGAGGCAGAGAGGGAUGUGGCGGCCGCCGCGCGCGGCGGCGACGGCGGCCACGCUGGCGUUCGUCGCGGGGACCGCGUCAUGGCUGUUCUUCGCGCCCGUCACACGGAGCGGCCUGGACAAGGCCAUCGUCGCCGAGUGCGAGGGGAUGAUGGCGGCCUUGGAGAAGCUGGCUGCCGGGGCGGCGCGCUUGGUGUGGUCGUGACGGUUUGAGAAAAGUUGGUUUCAGGAGUACAAUCACGUUCUGGUCGGUAUGGCCUAUCGCGAUUCACGAUCACCUUCAAUAGUUAGUUACCACAUACACAAAAAUUAAGUGGCCACCUUCAGCAUAUUUUCACAGAUUGCAAUACCAGAAUCUCAUUUCGCUGCAUUAUGCGUGGGCACUUUGCUCAUGGGAUUGUCAUGUAGUUGCAGUGGCGUACACGCUGCAGAAACAAGAGCAUCGGACGACAAGAAAAGAAAAGGAUAUCUUCUAGCU